CCUCACUCCGGACAAUCUGACGUUUCUUGACGUGUCGAAGGGGAUGUCACUCACACAAUAGAAUCCCGGUCGAGGGGAAUCCAUAUAAGGCCCCUGGGGGCCACUGCAGCCUCAGUGUGUGCAGGACCACUACUGGAGAAAGUUGCAUGACUUGCUUCUGCUGGGACAGUCUGGACUAUUGGAAAUUGAUGUGCUGCUGAGUGUAUCGAAUAGGAAAUAUAGCUGAGCUUUCCAUACUUUGUUUUGUUUUGUUUUCCACAUCAAAACGUUCGAUGAAGCUUGUUGGAUCCCAGUCCCAAGACAUGGAAGAGCGUCUCUCCCCAUCCGCGCGCUUGGUUCGCAGUCCUGGAUCCCAAACGAGGAUCCACAGCAUUGAAUCCAUUUUGGGAUUUAAAGGAGAGAAUUUGUUCCACCCGGCGUUUUCCUAUGGAUCAGGAAAGCCAUCAGUCAAAGACACUGAGCACUUGCUGUCCCCCCAAAAGGACUCUAAGAACUCCAAGAACUUUGAAGGUGUCUGUAGAUCUGCUGUCAUGGUCAGUCCGGAUCCAGAUACGGAUGGCGGUAAAUUAUCGGAUGAUGAAAAUCCCAAGAAAAAGCACCGCCGGAACCGGACCACGUUCACCACAUUUCAGCUGCACGAGCUCGAGAGGGCGUUUGAGAAGUCGCAUUACCCUGACGUGUACAGCAGAGAGGAGCUCGCGCUCAAAGUUAACCUGCCAGAGGUUCGGGUACAGGUAUGGUUCCAAAACCGGCGUGCAAAGUGGCGACGUCAAGAGAAACUGGAGGUGAGCUCCAUCAAGCUGCAGGAGUCCUCCAUGCUGUCCAUCCCCAGAUCAGGGCCACUGUCUCUGGGUAGCGGUCUGCAGUUGGAGCCCUGGCUUACCGGACCCAUCUCUUCCUCCGGCUCUCCCCUGCAGUCCCUGCCCAGCUUCAUCACCCCUCAGCAGGGUGUUCCGGCCAGCUACACCCCUCCACAGUUCCUCAGCUCAUCCACGUUCAACCACCCUCUGCCCCAUAUCGGGGCGGUGUGCCCCCCUCCACCGGCCUAUCAGUGCUCGGGGUUUAUGGAUAAAUUUUCACUAGAAGAGGCAGACCCACGAAACACAAGUAUCGCCUCGCUAAGAAUGAAAGCUAAGGAACACAUCCAGUCUAUCGGGAAGACGUGGUAGACUGAGAAUCAUGCUGGACUGACUGAGACACUCAGAGACUUGUUCGCAUCUCCUUUAACUUUCCAAAUCAGACUCUGUUUGGUCCUGAAAGUGGUUUUCACAUCUGUUUGUCGUUCAUAAACCUCCCAGAGUUGUUCAUUGUACAUUACCGUUUUUUUUUUUUUUUUGAUUUUUUUUUUUUUUUUUAUCAAGAGUUCAAUAAAGCUUCCCUGCUAAUUCGCACAUAAUUCAACCAUUUUUGGACCAAAAAAGCAUUUAACGAUAGAAAUAAAUAUCGCUCAUAUAAUGUUUGCAUUAUAAAUGCAUGCAUUUAAUUUCACAGAAUCACAUUUGUCCCAUUUAAAAUAGCCAUCCAGUGCUAUAGGGUUUGUUCAUUGUAUUGUACAAAGCAGCUGGCCAAUUUCCAUGACGUUUUGUUGUAUGUUUUCACUGUACAGAUGAAUUUUGUAUUUUAUA